GGGCUCACGCAGAGUGCCCCGCUGCGCGCCUAACUGCCCCAGACAUAGACGCCCGGCAGCCACAUAGACGCCCGAGCGCGGGCGCGGCCCCAAAAGCAGUUUGUGCAGAACGGCGUUGAGGCGCCUACAACUGCAAACAAAAAGAAAUUCCCACGAAACGGCAGGAGGACCGCCGCCGGCCUCCCAACUGAACUCCCUGCUAAUCUGUAACAGCCAUGGAGGUCAUGCAACCUCUAGCACCCGCGGCACCGCCGCCGCAAGUCGCGAUUCCCGGACCCGCGAAUCCGGCGCCCGCGCCACCAAAGGACGCCCCCGCGCCGGCGACGACGCCGCCCAACGUCCCGGCCGCCACGGUGACGCCCGAGCCCUCGCCGGCGAGCCCGCCCGCGCCGGCGCUCGCGGCGCCGCCGGCCAGGCCCGCGCUCGCGCCGCCCGCGCUGCCCGGCAAGGCGCCGCCUCCAACGCAGCCGGCCGCCGCGCCCGUCGUUGUACAAGGCGCGGGCAAGCCCCUGGCGCCGCCUCAAACCGAGCCCAUGAGCGAUUUGGACGGGGACCUCGACGUCGGCGAACUAGCCGCUUUAGAUGGGUAUCAAGCCCACGAGGUCAGUCGCACGGACGACUCGUUGUCGAGCGACACCGAUUCCUACGGCAUCAUCGCUUGUUCCGAACCGCCGAGAGAUAGGAGGCGGCCUGGUCUAAGAGCGGCGCGCGCGCGGCCGCCGCCGCCGCCCUUCCCCGGCAUGGUCCGCGGCGGGCCUAGACGUAGAGCCGCGUCCAAGCCGCCCGCAACCUCGGCCGUGACGCAAGCCGCCGCGCGCAAGCGCUCCGCGACCAGCAAAAGGCGCCCGCCGACGUACGCCAAGAGCAGCGGCACGAACGGCGCCAUCGCCAUCAUCGGCGCGAAGCGCAUGCGUGUGAUUGUCAGAGACGGCAACGGCGUGCCCAUCGAGCCGCCGACGUCCACUGGAGGUAGGGGCUUGGACGAUUCUUCUUCGUGCGCGUCCGUCGACGAGCGCUGCCUCGACGGUUUAUUGCCGCACGGCGGCGGCGCGCGCGUUGAUCCGUACCGCGCCCGCGACGCUCUGCGAAGGAGAGGCGGCUGCGGCGUCCAAGCGUUGCCGGAGUGUGCUGAAUACCGCUGCGCGGCCUGCGGCGACGAGUACCGGAAGCGAUGCGGCCUGAACCCCUGGUGGGCGCUGGUGCAGCACGAGUGCCCGCGGUGCGGGCGCGUGCAGUUUCCGUCGAUCAACAUCGCGGCGGCGGCGAACGCCAUCACUUAUCUGGCGGCGGAUGAUGAUGCCGCGGAUCAUAGAGCCGCGCGAGCCGCGGCCGACGCGCUAGCAUUACAAGAUGCGCACGACGACGCGGCGUUGUUACCGGACCUGGGUCUAGAUCCGAGGGAAGCACCGCCACCUUUGAACGACGACGAAAAACCGAUCAUGGUCGUGGCCGGCGGCGGCAACUCGCCGCAGCGCGUCGCGACGCCGCCCCCUUCCUUAGCUACGUCUGUGGUCUCGCCGCCCUCGACGUCAAAGGACGCCGCCAACGCGGCGGCGAACGCGGCUCUCGCGGCGCUUGGCGUGGCCAGCGUCUCGCCGGAGGGCGCGAACGGCCACUUCCCGCAACCGAAACCGCAGAACCCGCAGAAGCCGGUACAACCGUGCCUGCCGGACGCGGACGCGAAACGCCUCUUCGCCUUGUUCGACCACGCGCGCUACUGUCCCGGCUGCCACAAGUCGAAGAAGCACGACGACGUCUGCACCGCGGCCAAGUUCGUCAUGCUCCACGUGCGGGAUUGCGCGGGGCAUUUACCGGACGGGCGGCCGUGCCCGUUCGGAUGGUGCUCGGCCGCUCGGUUGGCUAUUAGAAAACACCACCUCCCGCCGAUCCUGGACAAGUGA